GUGUCUGUGUAGGUCAUUAAGCGCAUUCACACGUAAGACGUAGUCGUGUGUUGAUCGGGACUCGCCAACAUUUCUGCUCGAAUUUUACAAAUGGAUCAUCUUAAGAAAAGGUGCAUGUAACCUACCACUAUGGCUCAAGAUAGAUCUAUGUUAAUUGGAAUGUUAGUCUGUUGUUUAGCUGUGGUCAGCAUCGUAGCUUUAGUUCUUGGUAUCAUCAGUCUCAAUUCCCAACAAGACAUGCAAGGAGCAAGUAGGACUACCAAUGCUACACAAUCGAUUAACAUCUAUAAUAGACCAGCAACAGAGGGCACCCCGGAUAGCAGUGAUGAUAAAAUCUGGUUGUUCGCCAUUGGCCAUUAUGAUGACAAAAGGCAGUAUUUGGAUGAGUCGACCUACACUAUCAAGGGAUUCACUCCUGAUAUCGUUGACGCUGUGUGUGCGAUUGCAAACAAGAAUUGUAGAUUGGUGUAUGAUAUCUACGAGAAUUGUUGGGACAAUCAAGCAGGCCAGCGCCCCAGAGGUGGCCCCGGUCUCAUGGGCAAUUGGUAUGAUGCUUGUGCAGAAUGGGUCCAAACUUAUGAUCGACGUCUGACAUAUUAUUUUACGGUACCGUUCACAAAAGGAGGUAGUGUGGCCCUCUAUGCGAAGAAUGACAGCUCAGUGACGUAUGAUGAUUUGACCAAUCAGAAAGUUGGAUUUCUCGAUGGAUGGAACUCGGAUGAGUUCUGUCUUGCCCGAUAUAAGAACAUCGCGGGGUCCACACUUGGUCCAAAUCAGAUAUUUCAUUAUCAGUCAGCUGAUCUCUUAAUAGAUGCAGUACAAAAUGGAUUUAUUGAUGUUGCGUUUGGAGAGAACAUUGCACAAUUCUCUACCUCGUUGAAACGUAUCUCACCGCUUGGCUUUGAGAAUAAUUGUAUAGCUGGUGGCGCCUCAAUCAUGACACGACAUACGAACCGUUAUCUGGUUAAUUGGUGGAACGACGCUUUCCAACGACUCAAUGACAGAGGUCGCUAUAACGAAAUCUGUGAUUCUAUUCAUGAGCGCCACGGUCAUAUUCCAAGUGGAAAUUACACGGACAUCUGCAUCGGAUACUAGUUUAUCCUAGGAGCUGAUUCAUUAAUUGUUUACCUAUCUCCAAAUACAGAUAUGUAGAAUAUAGUAGGUUAGAAUUUUGGAGAAAAAGAGAGGGUGGAUGAUGGAAAGUAAGCAAAUGUAUGUAAUAAUUGCGUCUUAAUAAGGAAAUAUUUUCAUAUUUACGAUAAUCGUUUUUCUGCAAUCUAGUUCUCAAAAAGAUGAUAAAUAAAUCAAUGCUACCUGAAAUGUAGUCUUAUAUUAAUCUGGUCGAGCCUACAGAUAAACUUUAAACAAGGCCCCUUGUAGGUUAUUUCAAACACCUAUAUACAGACUGAGGACUAAUCGCGAAAGGCCGGUGGCCUAUGUUUUUUUUUUUUUCAAGCAUACAGUAAGGGCUAACUCUGUCCUGGAGGCUUGAAUAGGACUACACAAUCAGGACAUGUAUCUUUUUUUAGAAUUUUGCCUCGAUUAUUAAUAAAAAAGAGAAAACUUUGAAAAAUAGUUCAAAGCGAGACUUGAUAGUUUGAUCAUGCUUUGUUAAACAUUGAAGUUGACCAUUUUAUUAAGUAAACUUUUAUUGCACGUUGGCACAUGAAUCAGGUCGGGAGUAGAGGGCAGUGGCCUAGAAACAAAAAUCCAUGAUUAAAGGGAAAAAAAGAAGAAAAUGGAAGAUAACGACAUGAAAACAGGUUAAGUGUAAUUUGAUUAAAAUUGAUCACAAAAUUAGCUUUUGGUCUAAAAAAGGGUCAAUAUUUUUCGCUCGCUCGUGACAUUGUAGAAAUUUUCCACAGUAAGAUAAGAUUGACAUGUCAAUUGUUUGGCGCCACUUGAGGGGUUGCAUAAAGGUCUGUAGGUUUGUAUUACACAAUGGGUCAUUAAGGGGCGGAGAAGGAGAGCGAGGGGGGAGUAUGGGUACAUAAGUAGACGUCAUUGAAGGUUUUUCUUUAAUAUGUCUACUAAUUUCUCAUUUUAGCCUAGGUCAAGUUUACACAACGUUCAGAAACCACCUAUGAUUACUUCUCAAAAAUUCUGAUUAUGAUGUUAAUGACUAUAAUAUAUCUAAAAAAUGUAUUAUCGGUUUCAUAUUUCUUAGUGCUUUUCACAUUAUAUUCUUUUAUAAUCAUUUCAUAUUACGAUUUCCUAUACUUUCCUUGUUUCUUGUAACGAUUUGUAUACUUCCGCAUAUGCUGUAAACCUAUUUUGAAAUUAAUAAAAUUUGAUGAGAACA